CAGAGCACAAGAUGAACUUCACUAGCUAGCUAGUUUAGUUUCGUCCAGGGUGCGCCUCUGUUUCUUUAGUUUAAAAAAAAAAAAACAACAACAAAUAAAAUAAAGUACUAGAAUGGCAACGUUUCAGCCCUGGUAUCAUGGCAACAUUACCCGCUCCAGAGCUGAAGACCUGCUUUCCAAAGCAGCCAUGGAUGGGAGCUUUCUGCUGAGGGGCAGUGAAUCUAUUCCGGGAGCGUACGCCCUCUGCGUGCUUUUUCAGAACUGUGUGUACACCUACAGAAUCCUUCCCAAUGAAGAACGCAAGCUCUCUGUUCAGGCUUCGGAGGGGGUGCCGAUUCGGUUCUUCUCAGUCAUUGGUGAUCUGGUGGAGUAUUACUCCAAAGAGAAUAUGGGGCUAGUGACAAACCUGCAGUUCGCAGUGCCGAAUGAGGAGGAACGGGCAGAAGAACCAGAGGAUGAGCCAGAGCCAAUAAACAUCCCUCCUCAACUCCCACCUCGGAACUUUACCACGGCUAUUUCAGUCACUGAAGGGAGAGAGGUUUCCAGCGAAGCUGCGAAAGGCACAGAGAUUGUGCGAUCAUCCCUUUCGGACACUUUCCUGCAGAGACUACAGAACUUUGACACCAGCAACCUAUCAGAGGAGCAUCUUAAGUCCAUCCAGGAGUACUUCUGGGUUAACAUUAACACUGAUGCUGAGCAAGUACUGAGUGGCAACUUUAACCUGCCACUGCUGAAAAAACUGAUCAUGGGACUCUGCAAGAACUUGAACAGUGAGAUUUCCCGCACGAUGCCCACACUGGAGUGCCUCCAGAAAGUGAUGGAUCAGCAGCUCUCUCCUGGGGGAGGACGACUUAAAAACCAGAUUUCUACUGAUGCAAGCCUGGGUUCCAUCUGUUCCAAGGUGGGGGAGUUGCACAGCUUGCUACUGGCUAUAGAAGACAAGACAAGGAGUGCUGUAUUUGAGUCUGUUGGCUAUGAUGGAGGCCAUCGAAAUUCAAUGAUUCCUCCAGUCACCUUCGAGGUGAAAGUGGAUUCACUGGGGCUUACAGGAAAAUUACAGCUGAAGGUUGACGUGGAGACUGGGAAAGUCAUUGUCAAAAAAUCCAAAGAUGGGCCGGAGGACAAAUUCUACACGCACAAUAAAAUCUUGCAGCUGAUUAAGUCCCAGAAGGUCCCCAAUAAGCUGAUGAUUACAGUGGAAACAGAAAAGGAGAAAACACAGAAAAAGGAUUAUAUCUUUGCAGAUUCCAAGAAGCGGGAAGGGUUCUGCCAGCUCCUUCAGCAGAUGAAAAACAAACAUUCAGACAAAUCAGAGCCUGAUAUGAUCACCAUCUUCAUAGGCACCUGGAAUAUGGGAAACGCCAACCCUCCUUCUCAAAUUAAUUCGUGGUUCCUGUCAAAGGGACAAGGGAAGACCCGUGACGACACUGCUGACUAUAUCCCGCACGACAUCUACGUGAUUGGAACACAGGAGGACCAGCUGGGAGAGAGGGAGUGGAUGGAUAUUUUAAAAAGCACUCUAAAGAAUAUCACCAACAUCCCCUUCAAACCGAUAGCUAUCCAUACCCUCUGGAAUAUCCGCAUUGCUGUCCUGGCAAGACCUGAACAUGAGAACCGAAUCAGCCAUGUGUGCCAGAGCAGUGUGAAGACGGGCAUCGCCAAUGCACUCGGUAACAAAGGGGCAGUGGGCGUAUCCUUCAUGUUCAAUGGGACCUCGUUUGGAUUUGUUAACAGUCACCUGACCUCUGGCAGUGAGAAGAAGAUCAGACGAAACCAGAACUACAUGAGUAUUCUGCGCUUCCUAAACCUCGGCGAUAAGAAGCUGAAUCCUUUUGACAUCACCCAUCGAUUCACUCACCUCUUCUGGCUGGGAGAUCUGAACUAUCGCAUUGAAAUGCCCUCCACGGAAGCUGAGAACAUCGUGACAACGAUCAAACAGCAGCAGCACCAGGACCUUCUGUGCAAGGACCAGCUCACCAUAGAGAGGGCUGACAGGAAGGUCUUCCUCUACUUUGAGGAAGAAGACAUCACAUUUGCUCCCACAUAUCGCUAUGAGCGACAUACUCAUGAAAGAUAUGUCUAUACCAAGGCCAAGGCCACUGGGACAAAGUACAACCUUCCUUCUUGGUGUGACCGGGUGCUCUGGAAGUCCUAUCCCAUGGUGCAUGUGGUUUGUCAGUCUUACGGAUGUACCUCUGACAUCAUGACCAGCGAUCACUGCCCAGUCUUUGCUACAUUUGAGGUUGGGGUUACGUCACAGUUUGUCUCCAAAAAUGAUCCCGACAACACAGACGCUCCGGGUGGGAUCAAGUUUAUGAAUUGCGUAGCGAUUCUCAAGACUAAGUCCAAGACCAGAUUCUUCAUUGAAUUCCACUCUAGCUGUUUGGAGAAUUUUGUAAAGAGCACCGAGGGGGAGAACAAGGAACAUCAGGAGGGGUCACUAAAGGUGCGAUUCGGAGCACCCUCGGAGCUGACUCCAAUCAUUUCUGACCCAGAGUACUUGCUGGACCAGCACAUCCUGAUCAGCGUGAAGUCCACUGACUGCGAUGAGUCCUACGGCGAAGGCUGUGUGGCACUCAGGACUGCUGAAUUCUGCACCACUGAUUUCUCCAUCCCCCUGACCCACCAUGGGGAACAUACCGGGGACUUCAACGGGACCAUCCAGCUGCGCACCUCCAAGGGCAAGCAGAGAGAGAAGCUCUACGACUUCGUGAAGAUUGAGAGGGACGAUGCUGCAGUGCAGAAGCUGGGGACUGUGAUGCGUGAAUCAACAUGGGGCCCUGAUCAUGGAGCUGUGAAGUUACCUCACUUGUCUCCGACAGACAUCAGCAACCCCAGUUACAUGGGGGUUGGUCUGAAAGCAGGUGGUUCUCCAGACCUGCAGCCCCCUGGUUCCUGGAACUACGACCAGCCACCCAAACAGAGCCCCCCAGGCACAGGUGGGCACAGCGACCCCCCCCCACCCUCCCGAUCCCCGCUGUCUCCCAAGAAGACUGGUCAGACGGUGCCGAGCCACAGUCAAACAGGAAAACCUGGAGAGCACUUCUCUCAGCAAUCUGUCCAGACUCCAGAUGAUGGGAAGCCGCCUGAGAUGUUUGACAACCCCCUGUACGGCUCGAUGGGGCAUAAGCAGAAAGCACGCGACCGGAAGGAUCAGGAUGCCCCCUGGGCCAACCGCAAGGUGCUGGCCAUCCCUGAUGCCCACUUCUCCUUCCCCAAGAACCAAGAAGAGCCCCCAUUCCCAACCCCCCGCAUCCGCUCCUUCACAUGCUCAGAGACCAAGGGAGCCACCCCCUCCACCCUCCAGCCCCCCUGCAUCGCCAAGAAGCCAGUGGUCCCAUCCCGCUCAGAUGUGGGCAUGUUGACCACCCCCCGGCCUCCCCUGCCAGCCAAGAGUCGAGCAGGGCCAGCGGAAUCCCCACUUACCAAACCGAGGGACUACCGGGACAGCUCAGAGUUUCCAAAUAAUAAAGGCAAGCCACGUGGGAUAGAUGGCCCUCCAAUGAGACCAAGCCAGCCUGUCAGCAAAGAAGUGAACCAGGAGCCAGUCCCAGGUGCCAAGAAGGGGCGUCCUGUUAGAUGAGCUGCUGAUUCUUCGCUCCUGUUGGAAUAAGAGGGCUAGCUGCUUUCCCUCUCCCCAUGAACAGGGUAUUAAACUGGGCAGUGCCCCACAGAUCGCUCUUGCACAGUAGUGUACGGGGACUUGAAUUGACUGAGGAAUGUCUGCAGUGUGUCCUUCCAUUGAGAGCACAAGCCAAACCCAAGCGACUGCAAUGCUUGUAUGCUCACAGACAUCCGCUUUGGAUUUGAAAGGAACAGAAGAUCCAUUUUUAGUAUUAUUGUCAAGGAGCAGGGGUUGAAACUAGCAUGAGUCCAUAAGCUCAGGGUUACUGACAUUUUAAAGCAGAUAAGUGUUACUGAACAUGCUGUGGAGUUUAAAAUCAUAUGAUACCCUUUUCAACCUAACCCCAAUUAUUUUGAUAUUUUCAUUAACAAAAUCAUAAAUCAGUGUUGACCACUUAUUUCCUUGUGAUAUUAGAUGUAUGAAUAAGCCUGAAACAUCACUGAAUCUGCUGGGCCACCCAGACAUAAUCAGAAAUAUUCAUAGCAGCUAGCAAGUUAGUUAUUUUAAUUGGGAGUGUGAACCAGUUUCUCAAUACGCAUGAUAACAUACGUAGCUUAGCUGCGUACUUCUUUUUAAAUCAAGCACCUCUCAAUGAUAAUAAAUCACUCACCUUUUUGAAGAACGCAUUUCUUUAUGUGCUGACUUGAAUUCUGCAUUGAAACACCAUGAAACCUGUUAAUCUCUGCCCAUUGUACCCCUACCUACUCAACCAGCCACUGUUUAAAUACACAAUCAACAGCUUUCAUGACUUUUCAAUGAAGAACCCAUGUCAGCGCAAAACAAAUGUAUGUAUGUAUGUAUGUAUGUUUGUAUGUAUCUCUCUCUCUCUCUCUCUCUCUCUCUCUCUCUCUCUCUCUCUCUCUCUCUCUCUCUCUCUCUCUCUCUCUCUCUCUCUCUCUUCUAUAUACAUAGAACUGGCUGGCUGCUACCAGUGUUUCUGACUGAAGUCUGGGUGACAGAUUAUAUCCAUAGGUAAUAUGUUUUAUCAUAAACUCUAUAGCAUGUUCAGUUGUGCUUUAACAUUGUCGCCCUGUUUCUGGGAGUCAUUAUACUUGAAAUUACUUUUAAAAGGGAUAAACAACCAUUAUUUUACUGAUCUGUUUGACUACUGUUUUUACAGAGAAUAUUUUAUGAUGUAAUUUGCAGCUUCUUGAGACAAAAUAUAGUUUCAACCCGGCACCAGAGUGAUUUAUUGAGCGCCUGUAAAUAUUUCAGUUAGCCAAGACAAAUGUUUUAAAUGAUUUCAAUUAAAAUAGUUUGGGUAACGGUAUUAAGUUACACUGUAAGUUUGAAAUCUGUAUAGCACUGUUUUUUCUUUGAAGUAUGUCCAGUAUUGUGGCUCCACGGCUUCCCUCUCUUUUUCGCCACACUGCUUGGAUAGAGUUCACCAACACUGUCUGGUAAAAUGGUGAAUAGGGGGACUAGGUAGGGACAGUUUGGAAGGUUUUUUAACUUCGAUUGCAUUUUGGUGCCUUUUGCCUGUGUCAGAGUGCAAUGUGAGUCAAAAAGCCUGAACUUUCCCGUGAACUGGCGAGGAAAGGAAUCUAAAUGAUGCUGGUGGCGAAGGUAAUUAUCAGCCAAAAUAAAAUUAAAAUAAAAAGUAUGUGAAAUGCUUAUAUUGUCAUUAAGGCUAUUGUUUAGAUUGAUGUGCACAAAUAAUUGGCUUUUUUAUUGUAUACAUUUCUAUAUAUUUUUUUAAAAUGUUACUUUGUUUAUGUUAUAUGUCUUUGUGUUAUGCUGUAUGUUUUUGCCUUCAAGGGUAAUAAUGGAUUAAACAUGUUUGACGAGAUCACUGUGGCCCCAAACCACAGAGUAUGCAGCAAAUACUGAAUUCUUGUUGGCCACUCUGUAUAACAUCACUCAUCUUUUAACAACAGCAGUUACCUGUGAGACACACAGGACUUAACCUCCUUCACAGUAACCCUUGAGCUGAAUGUAUUGUAGUAGCCCAGCUACAAAGUCUGUCAGGGUGGAAAGUUACCAUCUUGACAUAUCAUCAUGAGUAAUCAAGUGCUGUAUCAUGAGAUUUCCAUAUACUUUUAAUAUAUAUAUAUAUAUAUAUAUAUAUAUAUAUAUAUAUAUAUAUAUAAUAACACACACAGGCCUUAAUAUUGGUUUCACUCUCCGUCUUCUCUUCUGUUUUUUUCAAUUUCUUCCCUCCACUCCAAUUUCUCAGUCUAUUCUUUGAAGCACUUUGAUUGCAGCGAUGGAAUCUCUGCUCCAAAGCUGCAGAGCUUAUGGUACGAAGUAGGGAAUCAUAAACAUGGAGUCUGUGUUGUUUUUCAGGCUUUAACACUAUAACACGAACUAUGCUUAUAUUUCAAAAUGAGUCCUACUUUUUCAAAAAGUAUAUUUGCCGGGACACGAAAAAGGGGCAUCAGAAAAAUAACUUUGAAAUACAUCUUCACCAAGUUUUGCAAUCCUAUAAAUACGAAAAUUAGUAAACCGUCUAACUGCAGGAUACUAACCUUCAUAUAUCUAAAUAAUUACCCAGUGAGAGGGUAAUAUUUCAGUAUUUUAAACUUGAAUUUUUGCUUGUCUGCUAACAAAUCUUUUUUGCUGUUUGGUGUCUUUGACAUUACAUUUAAAGUUCCUACUUACCAGUCUAAGAGUUAUGUGUGAUCUAUUAGUCUCAUUAUUUUUCUUAUAAAUAAUUGGAAUCUGUGUAUGCGCAAUGAUUUUCAAACUCAUUCCUUGUGCUGCUUACCAGCACACAAGAAAUGUUAAACAACCUCUGAAUUAGACUGGAACGAUUUAGAGAAAUGAUGUGGCAUAGAAUGUAGCUUGAAUAUGUCUCUCCUUGAAGCAGAGCAUGGCAGGAUUCGCCUCAGACCCUCUUAUCUGUGAGGACAUUAUUUGAUAAUGCUUGCUGCUUGUCUCCAGCUCUUUUGUCAAUACAGUGCUGGCAAUUAUCCAUAGCAACAGGUAACCUCACUUCCUGUGAGAAAACCAGACAGACUAUCAUAUUGCUGGAUCCUGGAAAGGGUUCAAAUUUAAAAUUCGAGAAGCUGUCUUUGACAAGUUCUGAUGAAGGAAAUAUAGUAUCUAAUUUUGUGUUGCAGAUGCUAAAAGCAUAGAACAAGGCGAUACUGGCUGCAUUUACCUGCAUUUCAACCUUUCAGUGUUUUUGAAUGUAUUUUUUUUUUUCGUCUCCCGAACAGUGGCAUUGUUCGGGAGAGCUGUAGUAUGUUUUUUUUUAGUUUUUUUUUACUUGUUUUCUUGUGUGUUUGAUAAUUGAAUGUGCUUUGUUUGAAAAAACAUAAACACCUGUAUAUCAUAUAGUACACAAUAAAAUAGAAUUUGCUUCUA